GGUUGGACUCAGUUGAGCGCCUACCGCGCCACUGGAAUGCACACGCUGCCGCUGACUUGUCACACCCUCGAAGGCACCGAGAUAGUGAUAGUCGUCUUCGCCGUCGCCGUCUUUGCCGUCAUCGUAAUUGUCGUCGAGUGCGUGUUGCUUGUGCAUUCGGAAAACUGCUCGCACAACUCAUUCGUCCUUUGUUUCCCUCGCGAGAAAAGCCAGCGCGCCAUUGGCGCACGUGCUGUUGCUUGCGGCCACGUGCUGCGACUAUUUAUAGAAAGUUUCGGAAGGAUGGCCGUAGCCGACAGGGAGCCCGACAAGGGCAAAGAGCCGCAGAUGAAGCAGAACGGAUACUCCAACCACGAGGUCAAGCCAGUAAGGGACGUCGACAGGAGUGACGAGGGCUACGUGGAGAUGGUGGUGCCGCCGGACGGCGGCUGGGGAUGGGUCGUGGUCGCCGCAUCGUUUAUGUGCAACUUGGUCGUCGACGGGAUAAUGUUUAGCUUCGGCGUGUUCCUGAGCCCGCUCUCGCAGCACUUCGGCGUGUCGAAGGCGAGCGUCUCGCUGGCGGGCUCGCUGCAGACCGGAUUCUACCUGAUGGCCGGGCCGUUCGUGUCGGCGCUGGCCAACCGCUACGGCUUCCGCCUGGUCGCCAUCGUCGGCAGCGUCAUUGCCUGCCUGUCCUUCGUGCUGUCGCACUUCGCCACCUCCAUCGAGUUCAUGUACGUGACCUACGGCAUCAUGGGUGGCAUCGGCGCCGGGCUGAUCUACGUGCCGGCGGUCAUCACCACCGGCUUCUACUUCGAGAAGUGGCGAGCGCUGGCCACCGGCAUCUCGGUGUGCGGCUCGGGCAUCGGCGCCUUCGUGCUGGCGCCCAUCUCGCAGCAGCUCAUCGACUCGUUCGAGUGGAAAGGCGCUAUCCUCAUACAAGCUGGCAUGCUGCUGAACUGCGCGGUGUUCGGGGCGAUGUUCAGGCCCCUGAAGCCGAAGCGGGUGAAGGUCGCGGCCAACCCCGAGACGGUCGCCAGCGGCAUCGAGCUGAGGACCACGAUAAUGUCGCAGGGCGUGUCGACCGCCUCGCUGCACGCCAGCCAGCCCAUCACCAACCGCUUCUUCGGCACGAACAACAACACCGAGUACCCGACCGCCGCCCAGGCUCUGGGCAGCGUCCACGACAUCGGCGCCAACCGCGCGUUUUCCAGCAGCAGCAGCAGCACCAGCCGAUCGUUGCACUCGCUGCACAAGGCCGUGGAGAUGCGCACGUUGGAGCGCCAGGUGAGCGCCUCGGAGAACCGGCUGUCCGUGCCGAUCUAUCCGGAGCUGGAGGUGGUCGACGACGAGGAGCUCAAGUCUGUCGAGGAGGAGAACAACCUGCUGGACGGUGACGCGGACCGCCUCAACGGCAAGGUGCCGACGAUACGCAGGCACACGAUCAGCGACCGCAGGAGUCGCGCGGACUCGGUCACCAGCCACAAGUCGUUCAAAGCGGACAAGCGCCGCGGCUCGGUCGCCAAGGAGCCGCAGCGGCCCUUCUACCGAGACGAUAUAUUUUACGGGGGCUCGCUCAAUAGACUGCCGCACUACAGAUCCCAGCUAUCAUCAGUGGGCUACCACAUGUCCGUGACCCGCCUCCCGACGGCCAAAGACGUGGCCGAAGAGGAGAGCGGCAGCUGCUACCUCUGUCCCGAGAGCGUGCGCCGAAUCCUCAGCACGAUGCUGGACCUCAGCCUGCUGAAGAGCCCGAGCUUCUUGAUACUGGCCAUCAGCGGCGGACUGACCAUGACGGGCUUCUACACGCCUUUCGUCUACAUAACCGAUCGGGCAAGGGCGGCGAAUCUGCCGCUGGACGAGACCAGUGCCAUGUGGCUGGUGUCGAUUAUCGGCAUCGGUAACACCAUCGGCCGUGUGGCGCUCGGCUUCGUGAGCAGUCUGCCCGGCGUGGACGCGCUCUUGAUCAACAAUGUGUUUAUCACCAUCAGCGGCCUGCUCACCAUGCUGUCGGGACUGUGGAUGACCCGCGGCUACCAGUUCUUCUACUCGGCCGCCUUCGGGCUCAGCGUCUCCGUCUUCGCCUCGCUGAGGUCGAUCCUCGUGGUUGACCUCCUGGGGCUGGAGAAGCUGACCAACGCAUUUGGACUGUUGCUGCUGUUCCAAGGGUUGGGAGCCACGAUAGGCGCGCCUCUCGCUGGCGCGUUCAAGGACUUCACCGACAGUUACGACGCGUCGUUCUUCUUCGCCGGCACGCUGAUCGUGCUCUCGGCGGCGAUCUGCUACCCGUUAAAGAAGAUCAACAACAGCGAGAAGUCCAAGGAUGCGGCGAGCAACGACGAGGAGCUGGCCAAGUCGUGAUGAGCGCUCGCGCGAGCAGUGUGCCAUACACGCGAGCCGCACGACCGAGCGGCGCGCGGCCUUGUCGCCGAGCUUGCGGAGGCGCGGUCAAUGCCGCGGGCCGCUCGCUCGCGCGCACGCUACACCUGACGAUAGUACUCACCGCGGACAGACCUCUUUUCCUUCUUCCUCGACGUGUCUUAUCCCGCGCGCAUUCCUCGACGCGAGCGCACUCGCCCCCGCGUCGAUCGCGCGCGCGCGCGCCCGCGAGACAGAGAAUAUACAUUUUGAUAAUUGCUUCUGUUUUUUUCCUUCUGGUUCCUAAAGCCGCCGUGAUCAAGGCGCCAUUGCCACGAGCGAGAAAGACGGUCCACGCAACGAUAACUUCCCGUCUCACCUCGCCAGCCAGUUUGUUCGGACCACGCGUUCGCUCUGUUUCUGUACAUAUCUAGAGAUUGUUCUAUACUGCAUCUCGCGAGAGAGAUGAGCGCGGCGUCGUGCGCCGAUCGCUCGCGUUCUCCUCUCCAAUGGUGCAUCAGCUAUCGCGCCAAACUUGCAUUUUUAUUGUAAUAUAUGUCUCGCAUCGUAUACACGUGCCUGUUGUGCCUAAUGUGUGUGUAGGUUAAUUUCAUCCUGUAUGAUCGUCGGCGCGCAAUACGUGGAACCAUAAUCCGUUUUUCUUCUUUCGGUUCAGACGAUAAACGCGCGCUUUUUAUUCCAGAUGAUUAGUUUCGCGAUAUUAGAGUCAAUUGUUUCUUCUUUUCUCGCGUGCAUCAUUAAACGCGCGAACGACUGUUAUAUAUAGACAUUGCGAAUCGCACAGAAUGUUACGAGCACAAAAAAGUAAUACAUUUGAUUUUACAGGAAUAGCAUAAUUCUAUAGUUUAUGAUCUUAGAUUUUUUAAAAAUAA